UUUGAUUGAUUUAUUUAUUUAUUUAGUUUUGAAUCGAGAAAUCAAAAUGUGCUUCGGAGAUCUACAAAAAAAUACAGUGAUAGUCGGAAUUACUGCGAUAGUAUGUUCAAUCAUCUUUCUAAUCCUGGGGUUCCCAAAUGAUGAUCUUAGACACUACCUAUCUUACGAUGUUGCACCAAUUGGGCAUACUAUAACUAUUUUCGUGAUGUGGAUUCUGAUUGGUCUAGCCGCUGCUGCUCUUCUGGUUGGGGCGUUUUUUGCAAGAGAAUCGUUACAUUGUGCUCGCAUGGCUCGUCGUAGCUUUCGUGUGCGGAGUCGUUUUGAUCGUUUUUUACAUCAUAUUGGUAACGGAAGCUCACACCGACUAUUUUGUUAUUAUAAGCUCAGUAAGACUUUCCCUCAACAUCGUCCUUUUUGUGAUUUGGAUUUGGGUGCCACUGGUAUACUUUCUGAGCCUCUCCGGCUAUACACCGUUCUGUAGAAAGUCCGAAUCCUAGGACUCGUAAUAUAUAUUACAUACAUAUAUAAAUUUGGUGUGAAUUUUGUAUUCAAUAAAUCUUGAAGUGUGCCUUCGUC